CUUGGCCCCCUCAUAAAGAGAGAGCGGAUGUCGGUGGGUUGUGUGGUCAGUUGAAAACCACAUUUAUAAAGUUAAGCUAGCUCCACCAGAGUCCACACAUUAGAAUUACUUUCUGAAUAAAUGAAGUUUUUUCCCACAUUACGAAGCAUGAGCCAAAGUAGGACAAUAUUCAGUCACAGACACUUGAUCAAGUUUUGCUAUUGAAAAGUUCAUGGGUAUCAAACUUGUUGGGCAUGCAGACUCGCAUGAAUCUGACAAAUACGACCGAGCCAAAGAGCUAAAAGCUUUCGAUGAUACGAUGGCUGGAGUCAAAGGCCUAGCAGAUGCUGGCACAGUUCAUGUACCCAAGAUAUUCAUAGAGCCACCCAACGAUCUCACCCAGUUUACCACGUGUCCCCAACCCAACCUGCUAAUUCCUGUCAUUGAUCUCAGUGGCAUCAAUGGUAGUGAUGAGAUCCACAAGCAGAUUGUAGAUGAUGUUCGGACUGCGUCCGAAACAUGGGGAUUCUUCCAAGUGGUCAAUCAUAGAGUCCCACUGAGUGUGCUGGAAAAUAUGAUCCAAGGAAUAGUUGGGUUUCAUGAGCAGGAUCUUGAUGCGAAGAAAGAGUUCUAUUCCCGUGAUCUAGGGAGAACCGUCCGAUUCAAUAGCAACUAUGAUCUGUACCAGUCAAAAGCAGCUAAUUGGAGGGAUACUGUGUCUUUUACCAGGUCUGCUGUUGAUCAUGAUCCCAAACAGCUUCCUUCAGUCUGUAGAGAUGCAACAAUUGAGUACACAAACCAUGUCAUAAAUUUGGGAGACCAACUUUUUGGAAUAUUAUCAGAGGCUCUUGGACUCGAACCUGACCACCUAAGGGAAUUAGAAUGCGCUAAAGAUUACAAGUUUGUGUGUCACUACUAUCCACCAUGCCCAAAACCAGAACUAACUUUGGGAGCCAGCAAGCACUCUGAUCCUUCUUUCCUCACUAUUCUUCUUCAAGACCAAAUUGGUGGCCUUCAAGUCCUUCAUGACAAUCAAUGGGUAAAUGUGAACCCAAUUUCAGGUGGCAUAGUAGUAAAUAUAGGGGAUUUUCUCCAGGCUAUAUCAAAUAACAAGUUUCAGAGUGCUCAACAUAGAGUGCUUGCGAACAGCAUUGGUCCAAGAGUUUCCAUAGCAUGCUUCUUCGAAGGACAGAGUAAUACUGAUGCACCGGCCAAGUACUACGGUCCGAUCAAAGAGCUUAUAUCAGAAGAAAACCCUCCUCUUUAUAGAGAUUUCUUGAUAAGUGAAUACUAUGCAAAGUUCUAUUCUGAAGGGCUUGAUGAGAAGUCUGGUCUUGACCAUUUCAGGCUUUGAAGCCAACGACUUUCACAAGGUGAAACUUUGAAUAUUUACAUAACAGCUUGGGUAAUAAAGAUGUUUAAUCACACAUCGUGGAGUUCCAUGUACAAUCACUGGCUUUCCUUGUUAUAUAUUAGCAAGAUUUAUAAGAGUUAUAAUACUUAUACAACAUC